AUGGCUCGUUUGUUGUUCGACGCUCUUCGCUCUGGAAAGCCCGACAAAGAAGUGAAGAAGCUGCGCGUCACUAUCCGUCUGCUCCUUAGGGUUGAUAAGGACGGCAAGGACAAGAAGCAGGAGAACGACGUCGCGGCGCUCUCAGACAUUCACAUCAUCAAGUUCCGCCUGAUGCAAAGGUCCCUCGAGCCAGCGCAUGUGUGUCCAUGGAAAACCUGCGUCGACCGACUAGUACACAUCUCCUUCGCCGAAACGGCGCCACAAUACCGCAAACGUCUCGAAAAGUACACUCCAGGUUCCAUAACAACCUUCAACGUAGUCGACUAUCUAAAAGCCUUACGAGAUACGGAAGAAUUCGUCAAAAAGCGCCUGAUUGAGGGAACCCGUUUCUACCCAACACCUAACAAGCUGAACAAAAACUCGUCAUUGCGGGAAUAUCAGGAAGCAUUCUCCCCAUCGCCGUUUGACCGUCAGAAGACCCCACCCCGUUGA